AUGGCCGAUACGAUCGUGCAGGAUGUGGUGAAUCAAUCUCUGUCGGUCGGCGACCUUUCGCCUUCCGACGCCGCUGCGACCACAACCACUGCCGAUUCAAAACCACCAGGGGACGUUGACGGUGUAGUGGAAGGCGUUGCUAAGGAGAAUGGUGUUCACAACCCGACUAUUGUACCAGAUCUCGAGGAUGUUUCGGCAAAAUCCGAUACGGAUGGCAGUCGAGCUGAAGGAAGUGUGGCAGGCGACAAGCCGGCUGAGUCGAAACCUGUGAAGAAAUUCGCCCCAGCCAAACCCGUCACCUUUGCCAAAUACUCGGUACCAAAAGUCAUUGCUGCCAAUGCCGCGGCCAAAGGUGCAGACAAAGCUCCCACUCCGACUUCGUCUACGCCAACCUCGCAGCUUGUUGGUAGACCUCGACUGGUGGCCAAGACGACGAGUUCUCUGCAGCAGAAUGCGAAAGCGUUCAAGCCUGCUGCUCCCGAUCCGAUGCAAGUAUGGAACAAGAACCGAGUGACACCACAGCCAUCAACGAAGCACUUGACGGACGAGGAACUCAAGCAGCAAUAUGGCAUUCAUUUAACUUCCCGUCUCGAGGCUGAUGGUGACGGCAAGGAGGCUAAGUGGGCUGACAUCGAUGAUGAUGAGGACGAUUGGGCUCCCGAGACGAUCGAGUGGAACGAUGGCACCAAGACCACAUUGACAGCCGCGGACCUCACACCCACCACACCUGCGCCGACCUCGAAUUCUACAGCUCCUGGUGCGGCUCCCAAGACCUUAGCCGAACGACCGAAGCCUCCUCAAUUCACCAGCAGUGUCGGGCCGAAUGCCACCGUUCUCAAGAUCGGAGCGAACGCGGAGAAGCAGCAAGCCCAGAAAGCUGCAGCCGAGAAGACGAAGCCUUUGGAAAACUCAAGGUCAACACCGUCAAAUGUCGUUCCUGCGCCCGCACCUGCGAAGUCUCCCUGGGCGGUACUUCCGCCGGUUGACAAGGCCUCACCGAUUGACAUCCAGCCGCAACCUAUGAUGCCUCUGCACCGUGCUGGGAGCUCUUAUGGCAUGCCUCCACCACUACACCAGAUGCACGCGGCCUCACCAGCUAAGGAGAUUUCGGCUGACGAUUUCAAUCGAACCUGGAAAGAUGGCUCACAGAUGCAACCGCGUGAAUUGUACAUGCCGAACUCUGGUCGCUACGAAGCUGUCUCGGACGGAAGACGUAGGAUGUCUCGAAACGACCAGGGCUUCCGUGCUCCUGCUGUCCUGCAACGCCCAACUGGAAACGAUAAUCAGAAUCCAGCGGAGCCAUCUGCUGCAUUCCAGACAACUCGGACGAGCAGCGAUGCUACACGGCGCAGAUCGUCCAUCGUGUCUGGCGGUAGCGGACAAUUGGCACGACGCCUGUCAAUGAAGUCCGGCGAUCACCACGCACCCGUCUUUGACAAUCAGUCGGCCGAUCUCAGCGCGCGACCAGGCUCUCGUGACGGACCUCCCAACCCGCUUGACGCCCAACAACAGACACUUCCAACCGUAAUCGCUCCGUCAGCAUCGGCGGGUCCGGCAUACGAUAUAGAGGCUGAGCGGGAGAAGCAGAAGCAGCUGAUGAAGGAGAGUGGACUCCGGGCUCGUCAACGACGACUUGAAGAGGAAGCCAAAGCCGAAGCCGAGAAGAAGGAACGCCUCAGAAAGAAGCUUGAAGCACUAGAGGCUGCUGCACCUCCAAAAAAGGAGCCCGAGCCCACAGUCACUGAAGAAGUAAACGAUCAAGCGCCGCUUAUGGAGACACCUCGACUAAGCCAGGCGGCGUCGCAAUCACCUCCAAAGCCACCUCAACCGCUUGCCACUGGUGAGCCUCAGCAAUAUGGUAUGAUCAAGGUUCAUGCUUUGGACAGCAAUAAGCGAUUGAGUACCGAUCAGCAGCGGCCAUUACCCUCGCGGGAUAGCCAUGUGCCAGGUGUCAAUGGUGUAAAACCCGUCGAAAGCCAGCGGCCACUGACUGCCGAUCAACCCACCACCGCCAGCGAGCCAAGUCCCAAGCUUCCGAAACCUUCGACUGCCGAUGCACGAAGCGGGUGGGGCGAUCUGAGAGAUCACAGACCACAAGCUGCCAAUUUAUGGGGCAUUUCUAGUAACAAAGCUCUCGGAAACGGCACAUUCGAUCAGUCUUUGGCCGGCUACGCUCCACAAGAUCUAUCGCGGACGUCUUCGGGUGCUCCUGGUUGGAAUGGCCGCACACCUCUCGCAGGAAGAUCACCACACAUUGCUGAAGCUAAGCUGCCACUGGCAUCCCCUGACCAAGGACCUCUAGCUGCGGACAGUGAAGCAGAUACGCUGUUCCCAGUUGUACCUCCGGCGCCCAUCGGACGACCACCUCAUCAAGCGGCACAUGUCAAUGGCGGUCCAAGCAAUAAUGUUGCUGCGUGGAAUAACUUCCAUCAGACGGCCAUCCCGCAAGAACGAGCCGAGGCUGAACGUCAUCAGCGGGAACUCGCAGCCCGUCGAGAAGAAGAAGCACGUACUGGCAUUCGACAAGGCCCAUCAUACACCUUCAACGAGACAUGGAAGCAGGUACAAAUUGGCGAUCAACCAACUCAGCGUCAAAAUGUGGGCAAGUCGUCGUCGGCAGUACCGGCGCAGUUCGGCGCCGUUGGCUCGUUGCCGACUGGUCCAAGCCAGCGAAACUCGCGCUUCUUCCCAUCUCCUGUCCAGCCACCAGCAACAGAGGUCCGUCGGGCAGUCACGUACAGCUACCCCGAAGUGCCCCGAUCACCAUCGCCACCGCCUGCUGAAGAGUACGCAAGUGAGCAUCCAGCCUUCGAUGGCAGAAUGCAGCGUCCAGCAGUUCGAUUUCCUCGAGAGAAGGCUGUGGUCAAGCUCCCACCUGCCGGACCUCCUACACCUCCAGCCGAGCCAGAGGAACCGAAAGCGCCGAUGACAUGGGCUGCUCGUGCAGCUAUGGCUGCGCAACCACAACCACGUGCCGUUUCAAUGCCAGCCCCGCAAGGACCGUAUGCCACAAAGGAAGUCGAGAGUGAGGAAGAUCUUUUCGAGGACCGCGAACUGGCGUCGCUACCAACGAUUAGUCUGCCCGUGCAGAAGCAGCCUCUGGUCAGCAUGCCCUUAGCUCCGAGACCGAAGUACGUCUUCUCGAAUCGGCUAGACAUCAGCUCGGCGGAGGCUCUGUUCUAUCCGGCAAAAGCGCAGUUUGCUUUGGUACAGUUUCCGGGUGUACAGAAGUCUAUGAAGAUCGAUCUUCCUAGCAAGAACGGGCUGGAGUCCGCACCGGCACCGAAGGCCCGCGGUGGAGGCGGUAAGCACGGAAACUCAUUCCGUGGUCACAGCAGUCGUGGAGGUAGAGGGCGUGGCGCUGCGAAGGCGGCUGCUAUUGGAACUUAG